AUGGACCACUCUACAAUGUUUCGGAUCGAAAAUUGGCUUCGCGCUCGACGGAAAAUGCUUCAUGUUGGUUUUUGUGUUAUUGGGUCAGGUGUUUUUCUCGUAACUAAUUGAUAAGGCUCUAAUUGUCAACUAAAAUGGCAAAAAUACUGUGGAAGGUUCGAACCCUUGACCUUUUGGGCGUUGACUUGACCUCUUACCGACUGAGCUAUGGAGCGCAACUUCCAAGUAUCACUUAUUUUCGUUAGGUUUUUGGAUAAAGUUAUCCACAUAAAGUCGAAUUUGAAAUGGCAAAAGCAAGGAUUAGAGUUGAACUUUUAGCCUUGUUAGGGACGACUUGACCUUAACCACGAAGCCAUGAUACUCCUUUAUUUUAAUUUUUCUAAAAAUCAAUUUUCCGUCUAACAUGUGGAACACGUUUUAUCAAAUUACCAUCACCAAGUUCUAAAUUUCAUUCUGAAGAUGACAAAAACAAGAAGUGGAAUCGAACCCAUGACCUUUUGACCGAUGUUUUGACUCCUUACCGGAUGAGCCAUGUUGUGUAGCUGGAACAAGUUUUAUCGAAUUACCUUAUCAGGGCCAAAUCAAUUUUGCCAAAAACAAGGAGAAGAACCGAGCCCAGGGCCUUUUGAGCGACGUCUGGACGUCCUACCGACUGAGCUAUAGUUCUAUAUAAUAAUUUUUACAGAGUAGAAUGUGCCUAUUGAUGCUGGUGAUGAUCAACUUCGUCAACAGCGUCAUUUUGACUUUGGAAAUCUGCGGCGAAGAAUCACAGGUGAGAAAAAUAAUGAACUUGAAAAAAAAAAUAGAAGGAGUUGAAUUUCAUGUUUUGAAAGGUGAUCUUCGUUGGUUUUUGAAAAGAAAAUAUAGUAUUGAAUCAUUUUUUUCCGAGCGGAUUUGAAUUAAAAACCCUCUAGACUUUUGAAAAUCUUCUCAAAAAAAAAAUCGAUAUUGGAAAAUUCUAUGGAUUUUUAUAGGUUACUGGAAAAAUUUCAAGUGGCCACUAUAGAGGCUCGCCAAGGACGGCUUGGAGAGGACACUAAAGUGGCCACUAAACCCACCUCUAUAGUGGCCACAAUUAUCCGUUUUAGUGGUCACUAUAGAGGUUCUCUUUUUAGUGACCACUUCAGUAGUUUUUGAUCCAGUAUUCUUUCCAGUAAUUCUGAUAAUUUUAAAACAAACAGAUUGAACCAGUUAUGUUGAUCCAUUGUCCCCUUAAGGGGCCACUAAAAUUAUUUGUGGUCUAGUAGUAGCACUUAGACCUCUAUAGUGGCUUCUAAUUUUUAACCCCUUAAGGGGCCACUAAUUUGACUACUACAAGGGCCACUAAAACGUUAAAACCCUAUAGUGGCCACUAAAAAUUUUCCCAGUAAGUCUAUCUUUUUACAAAAAAAAAAAAAAUCGACCUUGGAAGGAUUCGAACCAAAACCCCUUGAACACUUGAAAACUUCUAAGCCGCUGAGCUACGUCAAUCUUCCAUAAAAUCAACUUUUCCAGCUGUCAUUCCUAAUCUUCCUGGUGAACACCAUCGUCGUGUUCAUGGCCAUGUAUGGACUUUACAAUUUCCGGCCAGUUUUUCUCUCGCCCAACGUCCUGAUGAAGGUUCGAUUCUUCUCGUUUUUCGCAUCUGAUAUCGUCUUUUUUCCCUUUUUUUCGGCAUGUCAAAUUGUUUUCAGAAGAAAUUUCUGCACUCGAGGUAGUUUGAACUAGGUGCUACUUAGUUUGAGAGAAAAAGGGCAUCUUUAGAAAAGUAUUUCAAGCUGAGAGUGGGAAUUUUGAGAAAAGGGUACAAAAAAAAUUUUUGGAAAUUUAAGGAUUUUUAUAAUUUUUAUCUCUUUUUCAUUUUUCAUAAGUUUCAAAGUCCUGAAAAAGCUUUCUUUCAAACGUUUUGAGCCUUUAAAAGGAUAUUUUAAAUCGGUAUUGAUUAAAUUAAAUAUUUAAAAGGUACUAAAGUGGGAAAAAGACAAAUUUUAAGCAUUCUAACAAAAAAUUAGGUUUUCAAAAAAUGUCGCUUUUCAAAAAGGUAUCAAUCAAUCAUUUAUAAAAAUUACAGUUUAUCAUUUUUAAUUUCAAACUUUUCUACCUAAUUCGCUUGUCCUUCUAGGGACCACCUUAGACCACCCCUCUAGUGAGCACUAUUUCCCCUUUAUAGAAGCUGUUUUUCCUCCUCACCCUUAUAGGAACCACUCUGGCCAUUUCAAGCUUGGACAAACCUGUUACCUUGAUUAGAAGAUUCGAAAAUUUUCAAAAAAUGAUAUAAAAAUGGCUUUUUUCCACAGAGUUAUCUUCUCCCAGGCGAUGGUCAGCGCAAAUUUCAAAAAUCGUAUAAACUUCCCAUUUUUCCAGAUAAUCCUGUCCUCCUCGGCCCUGUUCUACGGCCUCCAGAUGGCCGAAACUUCGCCUUCCUCCUGUAUUUUCGCCUGGUUGACCUUCUCGAUCGUGCUCUUCAUCCUGGAGAUCCACGCCAUGUUCUCGACAACCUUCGACAUUAUCAAGGAGCUCAACUUGCGGGCCUACAGCAAGCCGCCGCCAAGUUAUAACCAGGUUCGUUAUAGUUUUGCUUCCUGUUGCUUCUUAUUCCUCAUCUUACUCGAAAUUUGAGCUGUAAGACCUAUAAAAUGAGCAAUGUUUAAUCUAGAGGCCGAUUUGCUUUUUUUUUUUGCCCAAUUCUCUGUGAGAUUGUUGGAUUUCUCAGUUUUCCUUUCGGCUCGAAAUUUAUUGCAAUGUAUUGCUCAUAUUAUAUAAAUUCGAGAUUUUUAGGAUAAUAAUUUUAUUGAAAAUCAAACUUUCAAUCAAACUUCCUGAGUCUAUUUUUGUUUCUUCCACAAAAAAAAAACCUCUUUGGAAUAUUUCAAAAGAUGACGUCAUCAUCUUCUUUCCAGGUGGUCUCCCUGGAAGCCCCGCCCCCAACUUAUACUGAUGCCUUGCAAAUGCUGAACGGAAUCGUGUUGGACCCGAAACGGCCGGUCGAGUUGGAUUCGGCCGCCCUUUCGAGUUACCUGGUCUGA